AUGCCCUCGGAUUUUCAAGAUGAAUAUAGUCCGAAAUAUAUAAUAUUUAUUUAUAAUACAAUUAUAAGAAGGAAUAAAAAUUAUAUUUCAUUUAUUAUACAGAAUAGUUUUGUAAGGGUGGGUACCCGUAAGGUCUACCGAUUCGGGUAUAUUAUUAUUCGUACUUAUUUAGUACUAUACCGCUACGGUACGGUACCUCUAUACUGUAACCAAACUGUUACGGGGCGCGAGCAAGUACUAAGGAAGAGAAUCCUGUGCGCGCACGAGAACUAUGUAGACCCGCUAACCGGCUUAGCGCAGGCGACUUUGGUGCCAAGGGUUUUUCCUAGCCUAUACAAGUCGCUCCCGCGGUACGAAUCGCUGUUCAUGUACGAAUCGCUGUCCCUGACUAGUGGCUCGCCCACUAGUCAGACGGUCGAUUUUGUAGACCUGACGAGUAGGGCACGCUGUGGAUUCAGUACACGGACUACACUAUACAACUAA